AUGUCGACUCUUCCGAACACCACGCUGGCGACGCUCGCCGACGUCAGCGUGGAGGAGCUCGCCGAGGUUGUCUCCCGCGCUUCGUGGGAGGAGAGGCUCACCGCGGAUGACAGAGCGAGGCUCGGCGGCCUGCUCCCCUUCGGCGACGACGAGGCGGAGCGGGCGGUCGCCCUCGACACCGUCUUCUCGUGCGCGCCGGUUCGCUUUGGCUCCGCCGUCGGGCGCGCGUGGGAGCUGCUGCGCGCCGGUGCUCUCACCGCGGCCGCCGCGGCCGAGCGCGAGGAAUCGCGCAGGGCGCACGACGAGGCUGUCGCGGCUCACCACGACGACCUCGUGAGGCGGCUGCACACGCUGCGGCGCACCUGGCUGCCGCCGCAGCCAAAGCCUCCGCGCGCCACGAAGCGGAAGAAGGCCGACGACUGGCUCGUCUACUCCAAGGAGGGCGGGGGGCUGGUCCGCCGCAAUCUCAAGCAGCCGCCGGCGGCCCGCGGGUCAAAGCAAGUGGCCGAGGCGGCGGCGGCGCGGGGCUCCUCGCUCGCGUCCGACAGCGAGGGCGAGCCGGCCCCUCCAGCGGGGCGCAAGAGGGCCGCGCCGGACACGUCGCCGGCGGAGGCCAGCUCUGCGAGCGGGCUCGCUGCUGCGAGCGGUCUCGCGCUGCCCGACGGCUUCUCGCCGCAGCUGCAGUUUGCGCGGCUCGUGCGCGACGCUAUCUCUUCGGUGCCGCAGGAGUUUGCUCCGGCAGAGUACGUGCGCAAACAGGUGCAGGUGCAGGCGGAGGCGGGCGGGCAGGUGGCGCUCCUGCCAAAGGGGACGGCGCUGCAGCAGUACAUCCGCUCGAUCCUCCUCUUCAUGUCCACCUCGGCAGACGAGCUGGCCGCCGCGAGCCCUGCGGACGAGCAUGCCGCGCGCACGCAGGCCGGCGACAGCGCGGCGCCGCCCGACGCCGCCGUCGAUUUUGACGAGCUCACGCAGUCCUACCGCUGGAGGGGGCCGACCGGCGAGCACGCGGACGCGGAGCUGCGGCGGCUGGAGGUGCUGCACUUCGAGCGCUUCGUCUCGCAGCACGGCGGAGUGGUCUCGGGCUCCGGCGGCGCGCGCGGGCUGCACGCGCCCAUCCGGUCGCAGAAGGCUGCCCUGACGCUGCCCCCCGGCUCCGCCGAGCAGCUCGCGUUCUUUCAGCGGGAGGAGGCGAUGCGGUACAGCAGCCCAAACCAGGCGUGGGUCUACACGCUGCGCGAUGGGAGCCAGUCCUCGGUCUCGCCCAUCGGCAAGAAGAGCUCCGCGGUCGGCAAGGCGCGCGAGCACUUCCUCCUGCGGCCGGAGCGGCCUCCGAGCGUCACGCUACUCGCGCUCGUGCGCGACGCGGCGGCGCGGCUGCCGGGAGGGGAGGGCUCGCGUGCGGACGUCUGCGAGUUGCUAAAGGAGUCGCAGUACCUCAUCGGCGGCGUGAACGACGCGCAGAUCUCGCAGGUGGCCAGCGGUGCGCUCGACCGCCUCCACCAAGAACAAGACCCGUGCGUCACCUACGAGUCGGAGCGCAAGGUCUGGAUCUACCUGCACGCCGACCGGCAGGCGUCCGACUUUCACGCGCUGCCGCUGAGCAAAAAGUCCAAGGUGGCCAGCUUGCUGUGA